AUGGACGAAAGGGCCCGCAUCCCCGUCACACUGCCGGUGCCUAACCCGACGCAAAGUUACUGGCACUCCCCGCCAUCCCGCCUUGAGACACACACCUCCGGCGCCCUCCCAUCAAGGACCGAGACCCUGAUAAUCGGAAGCGGAAUCACCGGCGCGGCAAUCGCUCACUUUCUAUUAUCCUCCUCGUCGCCGCCCCCAGACAUAACCAUGCUGGAAGCUCGCACCGUAACCUCCGGCGCGACCGGCCGGAACGGGGGCCACACGAAAGCAGCAUCCUACCGCUCCUUUCUCCACCACGUAUCCGUCCUCGGCACGGAGCAGGCGUGUCUCAUUGCACGCCUCGAGCUCGCCAACCUCCGCGCCGUCCACGCUUUCGCGGCGGCUCAUCUCACCGACACAGAAAGUAGACCCUGUCAGACUGUAGACGCGAUAUACGACCCGGAGCAGUGGGAGACGGCGAAGCAGGCCAUCGAGGCGAUGAGGAAGGCCAUGCCUGGCGAAGAUACCUCUCAGUACGAACUAUACGACGUCGAGGAGAUGAAAACCCGGUUCCACGUCGAUGGGGAGGGGCUGUGCGGAGGAGUCGGGUACGAAGCCGGCAGCAUCUCGGCUUACCGAUUCACCACCGGCGUACUGGAACUCUGCAUCGCCAAGGGCAUGAAGCUGUUCACCGAGACGCCCGCUCUGACCCUCGAGAAGCGCGACGGGGGGGAGGAGGAGGGCAAGUAUCGAUGGACGGUGAAGACUCCAAAGGGAACGAUCGAGGCGCAGAGAGUGAUGCUCGCGACCAACGGAUACACUGCGUUCCUGCACCAAGGGUUCCAGGGCGCCAUCUGCCCGCUGCGGGGUCAGAUCACGGCUCACCGCCCGGGCUCCAAGAUGCCGCGAGAAGGCCUACGGACAACCUACAGCUUCAUCUACGAGGACGGCUACGAGUACAUGAUCCCUAGGCCAGCAGGCGCGGCAGCGUUCGCCAACGACGUCGUCAUCGGCGGCGGGCUCGCCCGCCUGCCGGACGAGGGUCUGGAGGAAUACGGUGUGACGGAUGACGCGCAGCUGAACCCAGCCAUCAGCUCAUACCUGCAUCAGACGACGCCGCGUUAUUUUGGCGCCGCCGGCUGGGGCGACGACGACCCGGACGGCAGGGUACGCGCCGAGUGGACGGGCAUCAUGGGGUUCAGCCCUGACGGGUUCCCAUUCGUCGGGCGGGUGCCGGGCGAGGACGGGCUGUGGGUUUGUGCCGCCUUUCAGGGACACGGGAUGGUGAUGUGUUGGAUGUGCGCGAAGGCGCUGGUCGCGAUGCUCACGGGCGGGGAAGAUCUCGAGAGUUGGUUUCCCGAGGUGUUCCGCAUAACGCAGGAGAGGAUGACGGAGAGGUUCAAAGGUAGAAUCACCCACAGGACUGCGACGGGAGGGCCCACUGGCCAGACCAGAGACAUUUGA